ACCGGACAGAGGCACCGAGCACCGCGUCUUUCCCUUGUUCCUCCGCGGCAUCGGGAAGUGGCGGCUGCGCUCGGGGCGAAGCAGAAGAUAAGGCUCCAGAACCCCCCAUGGCGGCCUUCAGCACCGCCGCCGCGCUGGCGUCGCCGGCUCCGUGCCGGCCCUCCGCCCUCGCCGCGCGUCUGCCGGCGGCUCGGUGGGUGCCACUCCGCUGCUCGCCGCCGGCCCUGGGCCUCGGGCGUGCCGUGCUCCGGGUGGAAGCUAAGAAGCAAACAUUCUCUUCUUUUGAUGAGUUGCUGGAGAAGUCUGAGAAGCCUUUACUAGUUGACUUCUAUGCAACUUGGUGUGGUCCAUGCCAAUACAUGGUUCCCAUACUUCAUGAAGUGAGUGAAAAGUUAAGUGACAAGAUUCAAGUUGUGAAAAUUGAUACUGAGAAGUACGCAAGCAUUGCAAGUCGUUACAGAAUUGAAGCACUGCCAACUUUUAUCAUCUUCAAGAACGGGAAACCUUGCUAUCGUUUUGAGGGAGCGUUGCCAGCUAACCAGAUGAUUGAACAGAUUGAGAGUGUUUUGGCUGUCACAGAGUAGCACACAUGACUUGAGCCCUACUAUUUGAAAGCUCAGGGAGGAUGAAUUAUUCUUUUGUCCCCGCCGUAUCUCUCCCUCGCAGUGCGUGUGAUUGUGGAGUCCAGCAUCUAUCUUGGAAUAUCAGCUUGUGUAGCGAAUAAGCAGGUGCUAUAAAUAUCGGUUCAAGAUUAUCUUCUCCAUUCAUGGAACCCUAAAAAAUGUCUGGUAUUUUCUGGAGCGAGUAUUAGUAGUGGUGCUCUGUGGUAGCUUGGUGGAUUUUUUUUUGGUUUUUUUAUAUAGAUCAUUACACGAGACUUAGUAAAUCCAAGCUUGUGCUGUAUAAAUUAAUAAACGCGACUGGCUGAGAACAUGCUUCGAAGGGGCGCUGCUGGACAUUUUGUAGUAUAACUAUUUGCAUGAUAUUUGUGACUUUUUGUGUA